UCCACGCUAAUUGUCAUUUUCCAAUAAUAAUAGAACGCAUUAUAAGAGUUUACUAUCUUGUUUUCAUAUAUCUUCUUUCUUGUGACAUGGAAGAAGCUUCAAGGGCAGAGCAAUGGCAAGGCAAAGUCUCAGUUACCCUCUUAAAGGCAAAGGCUGACCAAAUCUGGCCUCUCUUCACUGACUUCUUCAAUCUCAACAAGUGGCUUCCGACGAUACGUACGUGUUACGGCAUCUACGGUGAACCCGGCUGCAUCAGAUUCUGCUCCGGCUCCGGCUCCGGAUGGUCAAAGGAGAAGCUCGUGGCUGUUGAUCCUGUGGAGCGUGUGAUGAGGUAUGAGAUAGUAGAGAGUAACAUUGGAUUCGAGUCAUACGUCUCGACGGUGAAGGUAUCGCCACGUGGUGAAGUUGGAGACGUUGAUGGUUGUGUGGUUGAGUGGAGUUUCACUGUUGAUCCGGUGAGAGGAAUGUCUUUAGAUGGUUUAGUUAAGUCGUAUGAGGAAGCACUUGGGGUAAUCACCAAGAACAUGGAGGAGAGUCUCUUUUGAAAAGUUGUUGAUAAGAGUUGAUAGCGAAUAUGUUUUUAGCAAAUAAGAUUGUGUUGAAUUUGUAACAAAACCCAUAUAAUUUGGGGCUUAAAAAAUAUAAAAUGUGGCACAUG